GUUUGGCCAAACUGCUGUCAACAAAUGCUAUGCUUUCAUUUGAGGUUAGCCGGAAAAGCACAACGGCAGCUCGUGGCAGCUGAACAGUUCGAAUUUAUUUCGUAUUGUCUUAGUUUUGGACCAGAAUGUUGUGCCCAGAAAUAUGGAAGUUUCCUACCCCAGCGUGCAAGAUUACACACAUAGAGAAGCCGAACUGGUGUCAGAAAACGUGCCAGCAGCGAACGGAAAUCCUUGCCUUACUACAGCCAAUCCGUAUGAUUUCAGUUGUGAUACCUGCGAAAAAUCCGAACUGCCUCCGUGAAUUGGAAAGCAACCUAUCUGUGAACAGCAGCUUACUCUUUCGCGUACGGCAAUUGCCCUUGACAGAGUUACUGAAAAAUGAGUUCGUGGAGGCAUUUGUUAAACGAGGCACUUUAUAUGCGGUUAGCACAAACAUCAACUUGGAAUCUGGCGGCUGCCUUGUAAUUACACCGCAGGGAGAAUUGGAAAUGAGUCUCAGUCGAGAAACAUAUCAGAUGGUGAAAGGCAAUCUUGAUGGUAGUGUUAUUUCGAAAAGAGGAGAUAUGGUCGUAAUCAAGUUGGAUUUGAAGUCACCAAAAUGUAGAGAGCAGCUGGGGCAUGUCAACCUUGCGUUCGAUAUAACGCUACGAUGGAUUCCUCCGAAAAGUACGACUACCAAGGAGAACAACGUACCCGAUCCUCAAGUGCACGGUAGCUCGAUUGCCGAAUAUCUGCGAGUAGUGUGCCGACUGCAGGUUGAAAAUGUGCCCGAUGGUUAUAAAAAGAUAACACGAACCAAGGAAUGCAUUCCCCUGAUCGACACCAGCAACCCAUUUAAGGACGGUGAGCAAGCAUACAUCAGGCAAGACCAACUGCUAGAGUACAUAGGUGUACUUGCACUGGACUGUAACUCGGCUCCGAUCGAAUAUGUUAGUAGUUACAGGCUCGACGAGUGCAAGAAAAAAACAGACACCGUUACAAUAUUGCAUCGCCAGGGUGUGAUAACGCCGGAGGAGGCAGACGGCAGUAUCAUGCGGUUAGUGGAGUUGGUUGGUGAGUGUGAUACUAUUCCGUGGGUGGGAAUGCAUGUUCAAGGCUUCUCCCAUACCCCAGUGGACCUUAUCUAUCGCGGUGAUCAGGGAGUGUCUUUGAAUCAGGACAGUGCUUAUACGAUGGUGAUUACGAAACAAAGCAUAUUUUGGAGCAAAUGUAUAUGAUACAGUACGUUUCUGAGAUGCGCGAUUUUCCAAAAUUGACUGAUCAAUUGUCAAAUCAGUACAAUUUGCUUCAAGAAUUGUCCUAUGGAGUGCAAAAAAUUACAUUUUAGCUAGAAAACUAAAUUCGCUUAAAAGCCAGAAAGAUCAGAAUUUUCUACACGAAUCGUGAUAUUUAAAUGAUAAAGUGUAUAAUAGUACUGAUUUCAAACCAAUUAUAAAGAGCAAUCGAAUGUAUUUUAGCUGAAAACGUAAAAUUCGACACACGUCUGUUACGCGGA